UUGAGCAAGAUAUGACCGCAACUCACGCAACAAGCAAUGGGCAACGCAUCUUCAAGAGUCAACAGGCUUAGUAAGCAGACAAGCAGAGAAAGACUAUAAAGCCUGGCUUCCUCUCCCUCUCUUCUUUCUUCCUUCGAAUCCUCAUCUCGACCAUCUCGCCGGGCUCAUCUCCUCCCAUCCGUGGCUGCGCACUACAGGUCGCAGGCGGUGCGCGGUGGCUGGCGCUCCUCAGGCAACCUCCCCAUCGGUGGCCCCGGUCACUGAUGCAGAGGCUCUGCCUGAGGGCCCAAGCCACACGCCCAUCGCCUCCCUGUAGUGACGCAGCACGGGUGGUCGCAGGAGACAGAGCCGCGGCUGGAGAUGGUACGGAGAUGGGGGGCCUGGACUCAGUCGCAGCUGUGAAGCAUGCGCGUUGUGCUCAUCUCGCAUGGCAUCUGAGGGGUUCAACACCCUUUCAGUGUCGUCGCGGUUGGGUAGUGGCGCGCGCCUCAGCUCGGCGAGUGGCAGGCUCCGGCACGAGCUCCCACCUCACCGUGGUGUGUCGGUCUAGUAACUUCUUCGGAGGUGAAGCCAACGGGAGCACAAUCGACAAUCUUUAUUUAUCUUUUUCAUCGGUUCUGACUUUGGUUUUUCGGAUGGGGGCUGGAGAAGAAUGCAUGUGUCGAUCUUGUUAACCUCUCUGGAGAUAUAUCUAACGGAAGCGCAAACAUUUCUCGCAUGCUUGGUCAUGAGUUAUUUCCGAUAUUGGGUUGUGUAAUGCGCGCGGAC